ACUACUGGAAGCUGGAAGAGCUUCGGAACUGUGUAAGAAGCAUGAGGUUUGUGCACCACAGUUUACAGAGGAAAAACAAAACUAUACAAAACUACAUAUCUUAUGAUUUGGAUUCAAACUUGGCUAAUGCUGUAAUGCCAAGGUUGUUCCAUCUCAAAGGUUCCAUUUUUGCUUUCAUUUCUCGUUGUUUUUCUGCAACAACAAAACACGAAAACGAUGUUGUAGCAUUGGUAGCUACCCAGCUGUCUAAUUGUAGUGGGAUACGUCAACUGAACCAACUAUAUGCCCAUGUAUUAACAACCCACUUUCUCGAAUCAAAUCCUGCACCUUUUAAUUGGAACAAUAUCAUCAGGGCCUAUGUUAGAUUAGAUGCUCCACGCAAGGCACUUCACAUCCAUGUUGCAAUGCUUCGAGCAGGGGUUUUGCCCGAUCAUUAUACCAUGCCCAUUGUUCUUAAGGCUGUGUGUCAGUGUUUUGCUGUUGAGCUUGGAAAGCAGCUGCAUUCUGUUGCCGUGAAGCUUGGUUUGCAAUCCAACGAGUAUUGUGAAACAGGGUUCUUGGGUUUGUAUUGUAAAGCUGGUGAAUUUGGAAGUGCACGUAAGGUGUUUGAUGAAAAUCCUCAACCGAAGCUUGGUUCUUGGAAUGCCAUAAUAGGUGGCCUUUCGCAGGCUGGGCUUGCCCAGGAUGCAAUAGACAUGUUUAUCAAUAUGAGGAGACAUGGGUUUGUGCCAGACGGUGUCACCAUGGUUAGCUUGACAUCAGCUUGUGGGAGCAUUGGUGACUUGAAUUUGGCAAUCCAGCUGCACAAAUGUGUUUUACAGGCUAAGGAUUCGGAGAAGACGGAUAUUUUGUUGUUGAAUUCGCUGAUUGACAUGUAUGGAAAGUGCGGCCGGAUGGACUUGGCAUAUAGAAUUUUUGCAUCAAUGGAGGAUCGAAAUGUUUCGUCAUGGACAUCCAUGAUUGUAGGAUAUGGGAUGCAUGGACAUGUUAAGGAAGCACUAGAUUGCUUCUGGUGUAUGAUAAAGGCAGGAGUAAAUCCGAAUUAUGUGACUUUUAUUGGAGUACUCAGUGCUUGCGUGCAUGGUGGGACAGUUCAAGAGGGAAGAUACUAUUUUGAUAUGAUGAAGAAUGUUUAUGGAAUAACACCCCAAAUGCAACACUAUGGAUGCAUGGUAGACCUGUUGGGUCGAGCAGGAUUGCUUGAUGAGGCUAGAAAAAUGGUGGAGGAGAUGCCUAUGAAGCCAAAUUCUAUAGUAUGGGGGUGUUUGAUGGGUGCAUGUGAAAAACAUGGGAACGUGGAUAUGGCAGAAUGGGUAGCUAAGCAUUUGCAAGAAUUGGAACCUUGGAAUGAUGGUGCUUAUGUGGUAUUGUGCAAUAUCUAUGCAAAUCACGGAUUGUGGAAGGAGGUGGAGAGAAUAAGAUCUUUCAUGAAAGAAGGAAAGCUUGCUAAGGUUCCUGGUUAUAGCCUCACAACAAAUUCAAAUUGAGGAUUCAACAAUAAAUUAAUUUGGCAUUGGGAAUUUUUCGGUCACUUCAACUUUUGUUUUGUAUGGUUCAUGACUUGAAAUUUUGCCCUUUCUUCUUAUGAUUUUUUUUUCUUAAUUUCUGGGGAUAUGCUCGAAACCAAAGAUAGUACCAUAGCAUUGACGAGUAUUUGUUGUGUUAGGAGCUUAAGGCCAGGCGAAGAAUGAAUUUAGGAUAGAUAGCUUAUUUAGGAAGGAGGGAAACUUUGUUAUAUAAUUUGUCUGUUGUUCAUUACAGAAUUGAUAAGCUUUUUAUUUUAAGAAGUCAGAAAUUAAAUUUUGGAUUUGUAA